AUGUAUUUGCGUUAUAAAGUACGCUAUAAACUUCAUGGAUCUGUAAGUAAAACUCAUGAAGGUUAUCUAAAGCAAUCUCUGCUAAGCACUGGCUCCACUGUUGCAUGUGACCAACUCGAUACAACUGAUCAGCUCCCAAGUCCUGAAUAUGUUUCUUUUGCUUAUUCAAAUCAUCCUACAUCUCAUUCUGAAUGUGUUUCUACAGGAUCUUCAUUAUAUGGGACAGUUACGGUCAAACCUACUUCGCUUAUCAGUAAAAUUAAUUACUAUCCUUUAGCUCCAGAAACCGUUCAUUUAUCUUCAGAAGAGUAUGGAGGGAGUUCCAGUUCAUCAAACACUGAAUGUUCCAAUGAGUAUGUUGUCUCUGGUGAUAACUUGAGUUGUCCCAAGUCUAGCAUCAAUAUCGGGAGUUUGACAGAUGUAAAGUGGUUGUCUGAACAAUGUAGAAAGGAUGACAUCCACAGUUUUCCUUAUGAAUUUCCUUGCGAAGACUCAAAACGACGCAGCUUCUGUAGCAAACAUCAGAAAAUCUCCUCUAAGUAUAGAUCCAAACGACUCGACUCAACAUCUGAUAAUCUUUUUCCUACUUCACUUUCCUCACCUACGGACAAUAGUGUGUGUAACCGAGUUAACACCUGUAAUCAUGGCGGUAUCCAAUCGCAUUAUUUAUGUAGUGACACAUUUUGUUUUACGUCCACAGGUAGAAUGCACACAUAUGGUAUUUAUCACCAAAAUAAAUGUGAAUCUACUGUACCAGAUAAGCUCGCCUUAAGCACCACAAAUGCACACAAUGAUGACUCACAGCUUCAUUCACCAACGAAAUCUGUGAUUGGUCGCUUUUUUUCAGUCUCACCCAACCAUCGAUUGUCAGAUUUGUUACCUAAUUCUCAAAAUAGUCUGAAUAAUUCGAAGGUCGUUCGCCAGUCAGAUAAAAAGAAAAUGAGUUCUGAAUCACUCUCCGUAAGCGAUAUUCAAGAUAUUUAUUUACGUUCCUACGUACGUGUUAACAAUACCAGUGAACAUCGGAAACAAAGAAGUGAGAAAGGUAAACAAAUGAAAAUGAAAAGUGAUCACUUACAUACCGAUUGUUUUGUCGGAAAUCAAGAUACUUCAGAUAAUUCUGACGACUCUGUUUCAGAUAUUAAUAGUGAAUAUGACAAGAUUGUCAGUCAUCAUUGUAAACAUGAACAACCUCCAUUGUGCCAAAAGCAAAUAAAACCUCAUGCGCAAAACAGUAUUAUGAACGAUGUUUCCCGCCAAAACAAACAGUUAUUUCCUCAUGUACACGCCUUACGAUGUGCGGAUGAGGAAGUAAUGUCUUACGAAACUAGUUUAUCAUCACUUCAAUCCUCAGCAUGGUCAUCUGUCUGUCCAGGUGAUACUUCUGUGAUAACUCCUCGUUCUUACAAAGUCGAUCAUUUAAGAGUACCUCUCCCUGGUCUUGCAGUUGAUCAUUCGUCCGAAUGUUCUUUACGUGAUUCAGCUUCUCUUCAAUCUCACAGCAAUCGCAAUUCAGGAUCACGAAGCUCAAAUUUAAGAAGUAGUGUUGCGGAUGUUUGUCAGCGAUUAAAUUCAGGACUUGAUAAUAAUGGUAAAAACACUUCGAAAAUAUCUGGAAGUUCGUCGUAUCAGUCAUUUUCGCCACCUUAUGUGAAUAUGCUUCCACCUACUCGAUCAUCCGACUUAUCGUCAAGUUCCCCAUCUUCUGAGAAUGUGUCUUCUAGCAGGGAUACUAACAAAGUCAGUAGACGUACUCCACGGCUGUCAUCAGGAAUCCAAAAUUUGGAAACAAAUCCGCCUAAAAGCACAUUGCGUCAUAAUUGCAAACCAGUCAAUAAAACAUCUCGUGUGUAUAAUCCUCUUCAGUUAUCGAAAGGUUCUUGUAUUGCCCAACAUGUGUCGGAAUCUUCUUCAACUCUCUCUGUAAAUGAUCCUACAGACAUGAAUGUUUAUAAUGUCGAAAAUCAUUUUCAAAAGUAUGACAUUCAGACAGAUGAUCGUACACAAGAAUAUGAUUGUGUUCUAAAUCAAAGUAAAAAAAUUUCGGCAUUGGCUGCAAAAAUAUCUCAUUAUCUUGAAAAUGGGAGAGAAGCCAAAGUCAGAAAGUUUUUGAAUAACAUGUUACGCAAACCUGAAUCAAGACAUGUUGUAGAUAAACUAAUUAGAUAUUGUGGAAACAAUUUGCAGAAGUUACUUAACCCUAACGAAGUGACAACUCUUCAGGAUCUCCGAAGUAAUUCUACCUGUUCUUUGUUGCAUCUUGCGGCUUCACUUUCUGACUUGAGGACAUCAUAUAUGCCAGAAAUUGGUUCCUAUAAGAAUGUUCAUUCGCGUAGACGUGGUAGCUGUGGCAGUGUAACUUCUAACCCUUUGAAUACUAUGUCUUACGGUCGUUCUUGGGCUCCUGCUGUGCAUAAUUGGUCUACUCUCGAUCGUUCCUAUGAAUUAUCGCCAUUUCAGGGAAAAAGUAUUUCCUCCUUACAUUCAUCCAAUGCUGUUCGUUUCAUAAAGUGGCCUUCUAAUGGAUGUAUUGAAAGUAGACCUCCUCCAUUACCUCCUCCACCCCUUCCUUUGCCUCCAGUUUUGCUCAAAACAACAAUUUUACCAUGCGAUCAAAGGAUUCAAAUGAUAGACGCAAAUGCUCUUGAAGUCACUAAUCGUAUUCAUACAACGUUCUCUGAUCUAAUUUCUGAUCUCACGACUGGUUUGGAAAGUGAUGUUGAAGUUGUGCGUUCACUGUACAGAUGGACUACAGGCAAAGAUAUAAGAUUUGAAGAUUAUGAUCCCGAAGCUCCACCUGAUUCACUGAUUGGAAUGUUGAGACAAAUGAAAUAUAAUCAGUUGUCACGUAAUGAAAUGUUUUACGAACUAUGUCGCUACUCUUAUUCGGAGUAUUUGAACUGGAAGCAAUGA